AUGCACGCGCAGACCGGGCCUUGUCAAGUAGCCCAGGUCCCGCCUCAGCCUCCGGAGAGCUGGACUAUUACGGGCAAUCGCCGCCACGCCCGACGUUCCCUCUGGUGUUAUCCUUUAGCUUCACCAUUAGAGGGCGCCAGGACGCAACGCAGCAACUCCUUCCUCCCACGCACGCGCACCUCACUUGCUAGGGAAGCGGCCCGCGAGGCGGGGCGGGAGGGGGCGGAGUCUGCUGCCUGCGCAGGCGCGGGCCGGCUUUGUGACGUCAGGCCGCGCGGCCCGGCCGGGGAUCCAGGUGGUGGCUCGCGGAGGCGCUUUCCCGACAGUGACGCGCAGACUCAGCUCCCCCGCGGCCCGCCCUCCCGCCGGCCUCGCCGCGGUCUCCCCAGCUCCCUGAGAUCGCUGAGCUUGGAACAGCGGCCCAGGGAGGAGGCCUUGGGCGACGCGGCGCGGAGAGGGAGGGCGGGCGGGCGGGCGGGCAGUGGGAGCGCCGCGGGUCUCUAUAUGGCGACGGCUCUGUCGGGUCUGGCUGUCCGGCUGUCGCGCUCGGCCGCCGCCCGCUCCUAUGGGGUCUUCUGCAAGGGGUUGACCCGCACGUUGCUCAUCUUCUUUGACUUGGCUUGGCGGCUGCGCAUCAACUUUCCCUACCUCUACAUCGUGGCUUCCAUGAUGCUCAACGUGCGUCUGCAGGUUCAUAUUGAGAUCCACUGAAGGCCACCCCUGACUGAUAGGCAU